GCCCAUCUGGACCUUGACACGUUCAAAACAAUGGCAAAGAGAGACUACCUGGUGGAGGCGGCCAAGCAGAUCCGCAUGGCGCUGGACAGCGAGGUCAAUGAAGACUACGAAGCAGCUUUCAGUUAUUACAAGAACGGAGUGGACCUACUUCUGAAUGGUGUUCAGUUGGACCCCAACAAAGAGCGACGGGAGGCAGUGAAGAGGAAGACAACCCAGUAUCUGAAGAGGGCAGAGGAAAUCUUCAUAACACAUUUACAUGAUAACCUGGGAAAGGGAAGCUCUCAUCUGGGGGGCUACAGUAGUCUAAGGUUCCGUCCAAUCAGACACCUGAGUUCACCCGUAGAAGACCUGGAGAUGUGUAAAGUUGUGGGAGUCAAUGAUAAGGUCUUGAUUGUUCAAAGUAUGGUCAACAAAGAGACAUUUGUUGUAAAGAGCCUGGUCAAAUCGAGCUGGGAGAGCAGGGACCAGCCAACCAUCAUUCCUCAAGGAGUCCCGUACAUGGUUAAGCUGCUGAGAUAUUAUGUCAGCGAGGAUGCCGUGUACCUGCAUCUUGAAUAUGUCAAAGGCGGGAGGCUCUUCUCCAGGUUACAUAAGUGGAAAAAUGAGAAGGCCAAGGAACAUCCUGAGUGCUUCACUUCCGGCCGGAGCAUCAACAAAAUGAAGACCAGCUUCACCUCCCCCACAAUCAGCACAGACUACCAGCACAGCGGCAGAAGUACGGCAGUCCUUCCACAGAAAUUAAGCGACGAGAGCCCUGAUACUGACUUCCCAACAUUGUGGCAUGAGACUCAGCGGCGAAUGGAAAGCUGCGGGACUCAUUCUUACAUCGAGGAGACAGGUUGCCUGCAGAACACGCGCUCCGCUGCGUCAUUUUACACGAAACUAGACCGACUGACCCUGCUCUCUGGUCCCAUGAGCACGCAGGUCAGUACCCACAUCCAUCCACCAGCUCCCAGUUUAUGUUUGCACCCCAGUGAAACUCAGGAAAAGCCCGCUCUUCCUCUUUCUUGCGCCCGCGUCAGUUUAGCUCUUGAUGUUAUGUCGGACCUCCCACAAAAGCAAGCCGGGACCGGGUUGUUAGAGUGCAGCUCUGACUUCGAGGAGGCUUGGAAAGCUGCGGAUCCCGCACACAACUGUGAGACUAUAAACCCCUAUGCAGUGACUGACCGUGACUUAACAAGAACGCUCGCACAACCUGCACCUCGUACAAAUCAGACCUCAGACACAAAAACAGGAGCGUCAAAUGGUGAAAAUAAGAGUUUGAGUUCCUCUCCUGCCAUUUUGCAUCUCCCUCUCCAUUGCCAAACCCAAAUCCGAGGCAGGGCAUCAUGGGAUACCAAUGGUUCUCACCAUGGACAGUUUUUUAGCAGUCACUCUGCAGAAGUAGAUACGGACUCUAAGGAAGACAACGGCAGUCCCACUGCAGAGGAGAGAAACGGGAUGGUAGUCGUCAAGAGCACAGACAGGGCAGUGCUCUCUGACCAAAUGGACACGAGGAUCGAUGUGGAAAGUCCUCGGCCUUACCUCGCGACCCCUUGCCCCAGCAGCACAGAAACACAACCGACAUUAUCAGGGGUUCCCUCGGGCCUCUCAGGGGUCAAACACACAAGUGAAAAACCUUUAAGUGGAGUAAAAGAGGGUGUAGAGACGAGUUGUGAGGCUAAAGCAGAGAGAGGACGUGUAGGUUGGCUCUCCUCAGCCCCUCCUGGAUCCACACCCCAGGGGCGGAGAGAGGAUGUGAACACUUUUCUUAAAACAGGUGGACCAGAAAGGCAUGAAGAAGACCAGAUCAUAGAGGUGGAUGGCUGGUGCCACCUGCCCCGAUUCCCUGUCAAGUCCUCCAGACCCGUAGAAAAGUCCACGCAGAGCUACUGGGGGCUUCCAGAGUCAGAGGUGCGUGUGUGGGGGGCCCAAAUACUGCUGGCCCUGGAGAGUCUGCAUCAGCAGGGCGUCCUGUGUCGGGAUCUCAACCCGAGAAACGUUCUGCUCACGAGCAACGGAAAGGUGUGUUUGACAUUUUUCAGCCAGUGGAGUGAAGUCCAGUCAGAAAUAAGCUCCAAGGCCAUGGAGCAGAUGUACUGUGCUCCAGAAAUUGGUGGAGUGUCCAGAGUGACAGAGGCUUGUGAUUGGUGGAGUCUCGGGGCUUUGCUGUUUGAGCUCCUAACAGGAAUGCCUCUGUGGCAGCUCCAUCCUGCAGGAAUCCACUCUCACACCCAGUUGAUCAUCCCAGACCACCUGAGCGCCGCAGCAGCAUCUCUGCUCACAGAGCUGCUUCAGUUCGAUGCUGGCUAUCGCUUGGGUUCAGGAGGUGGAGGAGUUUGUGACAUCAAGUGUCAUCCUUUCUUCGGCGGAGUGUCCUGGAAGGCGUUAACUUGCUAACAGCUGCAGCUCGUCUCACCUGGACUC